AUGGAGAGAGGUCGUGAAAAGGAGACAGGGUCACCCGAGAAGGCUUGGGCCAUGAUCUCCACACAAAGUUCCCGGAUGGAGAAUAACUCUGAGAGAAAGCUGCGUGAGAACACAGUUUCGGCUUUAAUCUUCACGUUAAGUCAGUUAACGAAUGAAUUCCGUACACGCCAGUCAAAGUAUUUGAAGGACAUAAAGAAUCGAACGAGCAAUGUAGACAACUUCCUGGUCACCACGGGGCAGUCCGAUGAAAUGUUGCCAUGGGUGAACUUGUUCUGGUGGUUAAUUCAUCCAUUCGAGAACUUGAAUACACUCUUCAAGGAUUUGUCAACAAUGGUCGUAGACCAGGGCACUAUUCUUGACCGGAUCGACUAUAAUGUGGAACAGGCGUCGAUUCGUGUUUCUCGUGCAGUAGACAGCGUGAAGAAAGCCGAGAAACAUCAACGUAACGACAAGAAAAUGCAUUGUAUAUUCUGUCAAACGGUAGCCAUUAUUGUAAUCCUUCUGCUGAUUAUUUUCACAAAACUCUGA